GAAAAGAAAAAAGAAAAAGGACAUAUUUGAAUCCAAACCCAACAAAAGGAUCCGAACCCAAACCCGAAUUUUAAAACCGUUUCAUCUCUUUAUUUCUUCACUACUAUAUAUACUUUACAUUUUCCGGCCACUUCACAAUUCUUCACCAUCAUCAACACAAAAACCCAAUUUCUCAAAAACCACUGUUUUUCUUUCUUCUCUCAUUCUUCUUCUUCGAAAUGGUUUUACGAGGUAUUGAAGAAGAAGAAGAAAACGAAGAAACCGAACCUAUCUCACCCAUUUCCAAAAAACGCAAACCCCUUCACAAUUUCACCUUACCAAUCUUGAAGUGGGGUACUCAACGCAGUCUUAGAUGCUCCAACGCCGCCAUUUAUGACGGCAACGGUUCUUCAACCAGCGGCGGCGCCGAUCGUGGUUCAGUACAACGAAGGAGAGUCUUCAUCGGCUUUGGCGGUGAUGAUGAUGAUGAUGAAGAAGGGAUCGCUGUUGUGAGGAAGAAACUGUUGCAUGAUCUGAAAAUCGAUACGGAUAGAUUGAAAGACACGAUUUUGAGAAAAGGAAUAAUCGAAGAAGAAAGCGAUGAAGAAAGAGAGACUUUGAAGUCGUGGAGUAUGAGAACGAGAAGAAAAACAGAGAUCAAACAACGUGAUUCACCUUCUCCGGCGAAGGUUGAAAGCACCGUAACCGUCGCUGUCGCCGGCGGCGAGUACGUGUCAUCGAGGUUGAGAAGUAACAUCAAUGUCAAAAGUAAUAAUAAUAAGAUUGAAAGAAGGAAAUUUUCUGUUCAGCUUUUAACGAAGGAAAUCGAGGAAGAUUUCGUGGCGUUUAUGGGCCGUGGGCCUCGGAAAAGGCCCACUAAGAGGCCCAGAAAUGUUCAAAGACAGAUAAAUAAUAUUUUUCCUGGAUUGUGGUUAAGAGAAGUUAAUGAAGAAAUGUAUGAGGUUCAAGAUACAAAUCAGAAUGGGAAAUCUGGGAAGAGGAAAGGGUUAAGGAAUUGGUUGGAUGAUGAUGAUGAUGAUGAAUCAGAUUGAGAUGGUGCUAAUAUUAGGGUUUUUUUUAUAGAUAUAAUAUGGUUAGUUCAUUCUUUUUGUUUAUAAGAAUAGUGCUCUACUCUACUGGAAAAUUUGGUGAGAAAUGAGAUAGCUUUAGAAUUUAGUUAAGCUAAUUUUUUAGUACUUACUUAGCAUAUCAAGUUUUUUGGUGUGUGACUCUGUUCAAUGAUGCAUUUCAAAUGUGUCACAAUUUUGAAGUUUGAUGUUUCAAUGAUGCAUGUGCCUUAGUCCUUAAUCCUUUAAUGCUUAAUGUUGCUAUUUGGUGUAAGUUUGGUCUGUGACUCAAUGACUCUGUUCACUGAUGAGUUUUUCUUAGUAUUGCUAAGUUUGGUGUAAAUUUGACUUUGAUGCUAAAUCUGGUUAAUAAAUAGUACUGUUUUAACUUAA